AUGGCAUAUGAUCUAAAAAUUCUAAAAAACGAAGAAAAUAUUGCCACAGCUUGGACACCGGAUUUAUUUGGUCCUAUUUUUAAGAAGAAAAGUUUGACAGUAAAACAGGCUUUGGACUUGCUUAAUGUAAACGAACAGAUUCAUCGUAUGGCGACUUUCGUUCCCGAUGAGAUAAUUUAUGAAGACUUGUCAGAGAAGAGUUUACGAAGCUUUCGGGCUGUUUUAAUGUUUUUGAACAUUUCAGCUCAAGGGUUAUUAGCAGCGUGGAAAGUACGUGAUGGCGAAUUUAUGUUCGACGCUGUACAAAACGUAAUAGCACGUGCAAUGAGUAUACAAGAUUCUAUAGCAGUUUUAAAAGACAUCAACGGUAUUUAUAAAGUAAAUGUGGCUAUCUCGGCCGGGGAUGUAAAGUUCUCGGUGAUUGGUAGCGAUGAAGUUCGGCAUUUCGUGAUGUGUGGUGUGCCGAUCGAAGAGAUAAAAGAUGCUAAAAAAGUUUCUCUGCCGAAUGACUUGGUACUAUCACUCAGCGCAUGGCAGCAUUGUCAGCCAAGUCAAUACGAAUACGUCAUCAAAAAUCCGUAUAAUAUAAAGAUAAUAAAAGCGUUAAAGCAAUUAGACAUAAAAUCAACUUACAUGACAUCAACAUUAUCCAGUAAUCACGUCAAUACAAACCAUGAACCAUCCACGGAUGAAAAAUUUAUAAUAGAUGCUGUCAGACCAUCAUCACCUUAUAGGGCGCACUUGAUAACUAUUAACGGAGAAUCUCAGACAGAAAUUGCUAAUAAUAAAGAGAAAGCUUCGACAGCGAUUAUGGAGAUGGCAGCGAUAAAUCCGAAUUUCAGCGCGCAUUUAAAAAGCUAUUUGAUAAAGCCGGUGAUUCAACAGAUUGAAAAAGGUGAAUCAUUAAGAUUUUUGGCGGAGAUUAAACGAAUUACAGUAAUAUCUAUUAAUAUUAUUAUAGUUACGCCAUACGGGGGCUGUAUUAAUACAAUGGAUCUGUACGAGAAGCAUAUUCUUUUUUGUAUCGUUUUUGGUAUACGUGGGUAUAAUAACGAGAACCAAUUUAAAAUUGAUGAGACUUGUAAAAAUGGGAUCAGUUGCGCGACGCACAUAUUGCAAACAGUUAAAUCUCUUGAAGGGAUUAAAGGCGCUUUUGUCGGCGUAUCAACAGGAAUAGCUUAUUGUGGCGUAAUCGGGCAUAUUGCUAGAAGAUAUUACACAAUUAUUGGACCGCCUGUUGAUAAAGCUAUAAAAAUUAUGGAUAUUUCCUAUAAUAAAGUUUCUUGUGAUUAUGACACAGUGUUGCAUAGUCAUUUUAGAAAAGAUCAAUUUCGUUCUCGAGGUAUAAAAACGUUGCAACGAUUGGAGAAAUAUCACAUUUUCGAAUAUCUUGGCGAUGCACCGGCACAGAAAGACAUAGCUUUGUCUCUAGACUAUGGUUAUCCUAUUUUGGGUAGACUGCAAGAGAUAGAAUACUUCAACGAUAUUCUAGACGAUAUUGGAGUCACAAAUCGGAAAUAUGCAGGAUUAUUGAUAGAGGGAAUCGAGAGAUCAGGAAAAUCUAGACUUUUAGACGCUUUCGUCACGAGCGUUUGUAACAGACAAAUAAGACCAAUCAAACUUUCUCUUCAUGCGACAUACGCGGAGAAGUCUUAUUCUGUUAUAUAUCAUAUAAUUUUGCAGAUACUUGAAGCUGAAGAUUGCGAGACCGUCGAGGAACGUGAAAAGGAAUUACUUAAUAAAUUAGGUGACGUUCUUGCCUUGGAAGAUUUAUGCUAUCUGAAUAUUUUGAUGAGAGUUCGUUUUCCCCUUUCCGAUUCUUAUUACUCGGACACCGAUUGGCAACGUCAUACGAAGACUAUCAAUAUCUUCAAAGCAAUAUUAAAACAGUUGAAGAUUAAAAUUUGCAUUUUGCUUGAUGACAUUCAACACCUUGAUCCCGAAUCCUGGCAAUUUUUAUCGUCAGCUCUUGAUAACUGUAAUGUCGUCUUAGCGAUGACGGUGUUGAAGCAUCACUCUUGGAAUGACUUGUCCCAUGUUGAAGCGGAGAUCUACAAAGAUAAAAGGCUAACGAAUUAUAAUUUGCUCGGUCUGACUGUAGAUCUGCUCCCAAUAUUUGCGUGUCAAUUUUUGAAUGUCCUUGCAAUACCCCAAAAAUUAUGCAGUGGUAGGAUUUCUAUUAGAAUUUUGCAAAGACGCCGGGAUGGUUAUCUCGGGUGGUGCGAGGCUUUACUGACGUCGAUCCUUCAAAGUAAUGGUCUAGAUUUUGUUAAGAUAUCGCCCAGCGAAGCGUUAAAACUCAAUCUUAUUUUUCCAAAUGGCACUCUGGUGACAAAGCUACCGAUCGAUCUGACACCAGAAGAAUCGGCACCACCUUUAUCCUGGUCGCAAAUGAGUCUUUUAGAUGUCUGUGUCACGAAUGAGAAUUUCUUUAAGAUUACAAGCAGAGAUCGCGACAUAACAGAAUUAAGGAACGAGAUCUAUAAUAGAAUGAAUCUUUAUGAGCAAGAUUUCAUUAAGUGCGCUGCCACGUUGGGCAGAGUGAUUAAACGAAGCAUGAUAGAAAACGUAAUGUUGAAUGCGAUUCCACUGCACACCAUUAAAACCGUUUCCGAAAUGAUUCGAAUACGGAUAUUAGAAUGUGCUUCUCUGCAACGACGAGAUUUCCACACUGAGGAUCUUAUCUUCUGUAUACAUAAAAAGCGACAAACAUUUUCCGAUAUGCACCACUCAUUGUCCUGCAAUUGCCAUCAUUCACGAGCUGUUAUUAGCCGUCAUUCCUCAUCUCUUUAUGGUCAUUGUAAAAUGCUAGAGUUCAAAGUCAAUGCAUUUCGCAAGAUGAUAGACAAUAUACAAACGGAUAAAGAAAAACAAGAACAUCAUACAAGAGCAGCUAGGAUAUACGAGGUGGACGCUCGAAAUUGUCAUUCCUGCGGUAGCGGUCGUUUUUUGAGAAUUCUCAGCGAAGAUAUAUUCAAAGAAUUGAAGGAAGAUAUAUCACAUUUGAAACCCAGAGCUUCGUUGAUCCGUCGACGAACAUUUAUCGAAGGUAAAUGGACGAUGAAAAAACCGAGAAUACAUGAACGUUCAGCACGAACAGCCGCUGCGGAGAAACAACCAGAUUCUAUCGAUAUUUGUAGAGUAUCUAUUAUGCCGUCAGAUAUUAAUGAUGAAGAAGAUGAAGUAGUUUUGGAAAAUGGAGACAAUGACAGAAUAAAUAUAACAUUUGGAAAGAAAUCUACGAGUAUUUUUCUAGAAACGACAACAGAUCUUUCUCAUCCAAGCUUCUUAGUGAAAUUUAGCCAUAUUGAUUAUCGUAAUUGUCAAUGCGACAAUAUUAUCAGCCAUCUUUUCUGGAAGUUGCAUCAUCAUAUUGAAGAAAGUGGAGAAAUCGACAAAGUACUCGAGUUUUUUAUACAGUACAGCGCCGGAAUAAUCCAAAUUGCUCAACCUCUUUAUGCUAUUAAGCUGCUCUCGAUUGCCGCUAAAAGAAGUAAAGCUGUCGAAGUGGAAGAGUUGAUUGAUAAGGACACAGAGAACAGUAUCACGAAUAAAGGAAUCAUUCUAACUUUAAUGGGUGAUGCUCACAGUGCAUUAGGAAAUUAUGAUCAAGCUAAAAAAUACUACCUCUUGGCGGUGAAACUGCGAGGUACUCCGCCUAAGGAGAAAGGCAUCUGUUACAAUAUAAUGUUAAAAAUGUUUUGUAAACUACAAGAUCCUCCUCAUUAUUAUACAGUUGAUGAAGAAUCAAAGAGACUCGCUGUAAAGAAAUUGGAAUUGGCAUCGUACUUACGACGACUUUGUGCCGGAUUCAUAGCAGAAAACAAAUUGAAAACGGCGCAGUCGUUUGCCUUGAGAAGUUUCAAGCUCGCGUUUCUAAGCGUUAACAGUUUUCUAGAGAAAGGCGAAAUAUAUCUUGCCACAGUACGAGUUUUACAUUGCACAAGAAACAUUAAAUUAAUACAACAUAUCGAAAGACUAAUGCUAAUCACAAUACAGAGAAAAGCUGUCUGGAAUGAUGCUGAGGAAAUAUCUAUGGUGGCAAAUAUUUAUCUAACGAUGUAUCAAAUUAGGGUAUUAAGAGGUAAAUUGGAAGAAGCCGUACAUAUAGGUAUAAAAGUCUUAAAAAUAUCCAAAACGUUGCAUUUUAAUAAACUGACGCUAAUUAUUAUGCCUUCAUUAAUUCAGAUAAUGUUAUGGACCAGACGCGUCAAUGUAGCUGUCGAUUUGAUGCGGGAAUUGUAUUUUUUGGCAGACGAGGACAUGGAUUUGUCAGCUAAGACAUGGUAUUAUGCUCUUUCUUUAGAUCUCAUGUUGGAUGCAGGAAUAGUAUUGGAAUCGUACGAGACAUCUUAUAACUAUUAUGAGAAAUUUAUUGGUAAUAACUGUAAUGCAGUAUGUAUAGAUGCAUUAAAAUUUAUAAAUAAUUACCUAUUUAUAAUUUUCUAUAGAGAAUGUCUAUGGAUGUACCAGCUUAGAAUGGGUCAAACGAUUUCUAGUGUAUUUGCAUGCAGCGCGGAAGAAUAUGUAAAAGACGUCACUUGGCAUGACUUUUCUCGAAUCCUUACUUGUAGCAAGGGAUACGAGUGUUAUUUGUUGUUAUUACUGCGCUGCAUCAAUACGAAGCACUCUGAUGAGCUACAAAAUAUUGUUCAAAAUAUUUCCAAAAUUAGAAAAUGCCUCAAGAAUAUUUCCAAGCAUACGACAAUUAUAAAACCACGUUUUUAUUUAUUGAUGGCAUAUUUUAAUGUUCUUCGGGGCCGCAAAUCGAACACAUGGAUCUAUUUGCAUAAAGCACAGAAAUUCGCGAUUGUACAAGGAAACCAAUUGAUGAUGGCAUGGAUCAUACAAAAUAGAAGAACGUGGAGGGAGAAAAUUUAUAAUAAUAUGGCGCAAUAUUGGUUGGAGUACAUUGGAUCGACAGAUAUCGUGCCUUGGCAGUAUAUUCGUAAUUUUAACAUCGAUACCUGGUCCACUAUCCUUUUUCUUUUACCGGUGCCUGAUAUACACUUAUAACGAACAAUGUGAGAAGCAUGAUCUCUCAUCUAGCAUAUUGUUCUCAUAUUUAUUGCAAUCCAUGAUUAUCUUCAUAGACACUGGUUAAAAACGGAAAGAAGAUGUUCUAGCGAAAUAUUUAUUUAUUAAAGGCAUAUUACAUUUUUAUGUUCUAGAAGAUAAACACGACGAUCCCUUCGUGCGCACGAUCUUCGUGUCGAGAAAAUUUUUUCGGUCCUUUUCUAUUUUCCACAAAUUGACCUCCGCGCAUAAUGAAUCUCGAUCUCGUUGCGAGUUUCGCUUAAAUACAAACGUUUCCAGCGACUGACGUUUACACUUACAUCUCGACGAUUAAUUAUUACGUAUUGCGAUUUAAUUGCUCUAUUUGGCCGAAUUUGGCCGAGUACGCCAAGGAUGUUUGCGAAUUCGAGAAGAAAGAAUGUAGAAAAUGAAAGAGGAAAAAAUAGUAG